GUAACAAGGACUGGACAGGUCAGCAAUGGUUCAAAAGGGCCUGAAGAAGGUCCAACUAGCCGGUCAAGAUUAGGUUCUGGAAAUGCUGGCCAAGGAUAUACAUUCGAGGAGGUGAAGGUCCUAUUCCUUAUACUUAUGGAUCUUUGUCGACGGACAUCAGGAUUGGCACAUCCAUUGCCUGUUUCCCAGGUUGGGAGCAGCAAUAUCCAGGUCCGCCUUCAUUACAUAGAUGGAAACUAUACUGUUUUACCAGAGGUUGUAGAAGCAUCACUUGGCCCUCAUAUGCAGAAUAUGCCCCGGCCUAGAGGUGCAGAUGCCGCCGGUUUGCUCCUGCGGGAGUUGGAACUCCACCCUCCAGCCGAAGAAUGGCACAAGAGGAAUAUGUUUGGUGGUCCCUGGUCAGAUACUGAUGAUACGAGUCUUUCAGAUGACAGUACUAAAUAUAGCAGCUCAAUGGAUUUGCUUGACUCAGGUUCAUCUGAAAAUGGUGAUGUUUAUAAUGGAACUCCAACCUUGUGGCCGAGAAAGCGCAGGAUGUCCGAACGAGAUGCAGCAUUUGGAUUGAACACUUCGGUGGGCCUUGGGGCAUAUUAUGGUAUUAUGGGAUCCCGAAGGGAUGUUGUGACAGCUGUCUGGAAAACAGGGCUGGAAGGAGUGUGGUACAAGUGCAUAAGAUGCUUGCGGCAGACGUCUGCUUUUGCUUCACCUGGUUGUGGUAGUCAUCCUAAUCAGAAUGAGAAAGAAAUAUGGUGGAUCAGCCGUUGGGCGUAUGGAUGUCCAAUGUGUGGAGGAGCAUGGGUUCGAGUCGUGUAAAACAUAUAGCUGUCCUUGUGUUGAUUCUGACAACAUAAUAUCCACACUCACCUUAUCUCACUUGAUGGUAAUGUUGGCGGGAAGAUCUGGUUCCAGAAGGAGAAGACUGAUAUUAAGUGGUAUAGCUGGCUUCCCUAUGAAUGCUAUUUUCCUGUAUAUAUCUGAAACUGAUAAUAUAAUUACCUGUCAAUGGAGUUUCUAACUGAAGAAUGUCAAGAACACUUUCCUGCUGUCUAUGCUGGGUUCGUUGGUCAUGCAACUUUGUCGGCAGGAAGUGUUCUACAGUACCUGGAAGGAUUUGUAUCCAUAAAAUGUAAUUCUGUAUCCUCUCUUUUAAUUCUCAAAGCUGAGGCGAUGCCACUAUGUAAAAUGAAGUCCAGAUAGAAUGGGUACUUCCCUACAGUCAGAAACAUUUAGGAAAUCUACAUUUUUGCGGUCGUUUUUUCUGGUGCCAGAGUCGUGAAGGUUUUAGAUGGCUACUGAGAGUGUAGAAUCAGUAUUUUUGUCAAAUGCGUUGAAUGGAACAGCAAAAUCUUGCAUCAUUGUGAAGAAGUCCUGGGAUCUGAAGCGUCUAAUGUAAAUCAUCAAUCUGGUAAAAUAUCUUCAGUAGUGUACUCUUGUGAUCGGUUUAAUGCUCCUCUCCAACUUAUUGUUUAGAGUUUGUCUUAAAAUUUAACUUGAUGUUGUGAAUAACAGCUUGGUGCAGUAUUUGAAAAUUUUAUGCAUGCUUCUCAA